UGUUUUACGGUGUUUUGCCCUCCAGUUGGAUCUGGACGUGGCAGCGCUUACAAUUGCUCUCUGUACAUCCUCAAACCCUCUGCGGUGCAAAGCGUGGUUUCGUUCACGCACCAGAGCGUGACAGUUUCGUUUUAAGCCUUCCAGGGUAAAGGUCAAGAAUCAGGACAAAAUGAGGAACUUCCUGUCGAUCGUGUCCUGGGUUUGGUUCUACUGCUCCUGGACAACACAUGGAGAGGUCUUUACAUCCAUCGUUGGGCCAGUAAACUGGACGCCCUGACUCAGGUGUCUACGUCUGACCCAGAGGGCUACCUGGCCCACCCGGUGAACGCCUACAAGCUGAUGAAGAGACUCAACACUGAGUGGCCUGAACUGGAGAGUUUAGUGCUUCAGAAUCCAUCGGAUGGGUUUGUCGCCAACAUGUCUGUACACCGGCAAUACUUCCCCGAUGCAGAGGAUCAGACCGGUGCAGCCAAGGCUCUGAUGCGUCUUCAGGACACGUACCAACUGGAUUCAGAGGCCUUCUCCAAAGGAAAAUUACCAGGUGUUCACUCUAAUGCCGAGCUAACAGUGGACGACUGCUUUGACAUGGGGAAGACGGCCUACAACGAUGCGGAUUACUACCACGCCGUGCUGUGGUUCCAGCAGUCCCUAAAACAGUUGGAUGGCGGAGAGGAAGCUGUGGUCUCCAAAGCGGAGAUUUUGGACUAUCUUAGCUACUCCGUUUACCAAAUGGGUGACCUGCCUCGAGCCGUUGAGCUGACACGGAGACUCGUUGCUGUUGACCCCAGCCACGAGAGGGCGGGAGGAAACCUCCGUUACUUUGAGCUGCUGCUGUCCAAACAGCUAAAUGAGAUGAACCAGGCCUACCAGCCUGCCUCUGAGGAGUCCAUCCAGCUGGGGACAUACACCAGACCUAAAGACCACCUUCCAGAGAGGGAGGCCUACGAGGCUCUGUGCAGAGGAGAGGGGGUUCAGAUGACUAAAGCAAGGCAAAGCCGUUUAUUCUGUCGCUACCAGGAUGGCAACAGGAACCCUCGUCUCCUGCUGAAGCCAAUGAAGGAGGAGGACGAGUGGGACAACCCCCACAUCGUACGCUACCUGGAAAUGCUGUCAGACAGAGAGAUCGAGAAGAUUAAAGAGCUGGCCAAGCCCAGGCUUGCCAGAGCGACGGUUCGUGAUCCUAAAACAGGAGUUCUGACCACAGCCAACUACAGAGUAUCUAAAAGUGCGUGGCUGGAAGGAGAAGAGGAUGUUGUUAUUGAUAGAGUUAAUCAGAGAAUAGAAGAUAUCACCGGCCUGACGGUGGAAACAGCAGAAUUACUGCAGGUUGCUAACUAUGGCGUUGGUGGACAGUAUGAGCCACAUUUUGACUUCUCCAGGAAAGAUGAGCCUGAUGCUUUCAAAAGAUUAGGCACUGGAAAUCGCAUGGCAACUUUUUUAAACUACAUGAGCGACGUUGAGGCGGGAGGAGCCACAGUCUUCCCUGAUUUUGGGGCAGUGAUUUGGCCCAGAAAGGGGACAGCAGUGUUCUGGUACAAUCUCUUCAGGAGCGGGGAGGGAGACUACAGGACAAGACAUGCAGCCUGUCCGGUUCUUGUAGGAAGUAAAUGGGUAUCAAACAAGUGGAUCCAUGAGCGAGGUCAGGAGUUCAGAAGACCUUGUGGCCUAACAGAAGUGGAUUGAAAUUUACCCAUUUUCACCCAAACACACACUCCUUAGUGCCUUUAUUUCUAUUAAUGGUGCCAUUUGUGAUGCUUUCAGGACCUAACUUGUCGGUGUGGUCAAUCAUUUGCAAAGGAAUUAGAAUGAACUUUCGGAGCAUUUUUUAUUUUGAAAUUAUUGACUUCUUACCACAAGUGGUUAUGAUUCAGUUUAAUUGGAGAAAUCAAACAAAAAGGUUAUAAGCAUCAAAUUAAAAAUCAUCAAAAAGAGACCUUUGUUUCUCAGAAUGUUUUAAAUUAGCAUUUAUUUUCUAAAAGGUUUUAGUGUAUUUAUUGUUCUUUUUGAAACAAAUCCAAAAGCACUUUGGCUCUCAGGUGGACAUUUAUUCUUUCUUGCUUUUUCAUCUUUAGUGUGAGUAGUUGAGAUACAGACAAGUCAGUGUCUGCCGUAAAAAAGGAUUGAUGCACUAUUUGCUGUGGUGUUUUAAGACAAUGCUUUGAAGUCUUUGUCUUAAGGUUUAUUACACAUUUCCAAUAUUGUUUGUGGGGCUUUUUGUCCAAAGAAGUCCUCUGAUUAGGAACAAGACACUAAGUAAGGAAAAAGAAAUCCCGUGCUAUAUUUGAAUAAAAAAAAAUGAAUUAAAUAAAUAACAUUUUGUACCACAUUUGUAAAAUGUCACUAAUUUGAUUUGUGGUGACUUCACCUGCUCUGACAGUCUCAUUUGUCUGUUUAUUUUUUUCUUCUUAAUUCUGAUAUCCACUAAAGUAGCUUUAAUUUCCCUGCACACAUGGCAACACAUCUUUUUCACUUUUAAAUGAUUUAUUUUAUUUAUAUAGUGUUUAAAUUAUUAUGCUACUGUCUGCUCAUUCUGCAAGAUGCCAAUCUAAAGGUAAAUAAACUCUUAAUAAAAA